GCUCCGAAUCAGGCCCGAAUCACCGCCGCAUCCACCCGCCAUCGGUCUCCUCCCACCGCGGCGAGGGCGGGAGACGGAGGGCCCCCGAGCGGCGGGACCUCCCCUCAUGCCCUGCCCUCCUUCUCGGCGCGGGCAGGGCCCGUGCGAUGGCGGAGGUCGGGGACUGCCUGCGGGCCGUAGGGCUGCAGUUCUGGGCGGACUCAGUGCAGGCGCUGCCUGCCCUGCUGGCCCCCGCCGUGCUGCUGGGGCUGCUGCUGGGCGCCGCCGCCGCCGCCCUGCUCUGCCGCUGCGCGCUCGGGCCGCGCCGGGGCGGAGAGAAAGAUGAUUCUCAAAGACUUCUGGAAAGCUUCAACACUGGUGAAAAAGAGCACACACUCAUGAAAAGUGAAGCAGAACCCUAUACAUCAAAAGAGGAAAUGGUGCUGGAGGAAAGUGAGUCUCCUCUGAACAGUAACAUCACAGCAUUUGCAUUAAAAGCUAAAGUGAUCUAUCCUAUCAACCAGAAAUUUAGGCCUUUGGCAGAUGGCUCAUCCAAUCCAUCUUUGCAUGAGAAUCCAAAGCAAGCAGUUCUGCCUAAUCAGGUGGUGGAGACAUCCAUGUCAGGCAGCCUGGGAUCUCUGAGCCAGGGAGACAAAGAGGACUGUAGUUCCUCCACAACAAUACAUUCCACAACAAGCGAUGACAGAUUUCAGGCUCGGGCCUUCCUAAAGGUGGCAAGCUUCCCUGAAGUACUGACAUGUGAAAGUUUUGAUGUUAAGCUCUGCCUUUGCAGUCUUAUUUUAAAAGAUCUCAUGCUUCUUGAUACUGAACUCAGAAAAGAAAAACAUGUGAUGUUUAUUCACAUUUUCAAGAUAUACCUCACAGACUUCCAUCGUAAAAAGAAGAUUACUGAUGGUUUGUUGAAGAAGAUCCUUUUAAAUCAGGAAAAUGAUUUUAAAGAAUUACAGAAACAACUUGACUCUAGACUCCAGAAUACUGAAAUGUCAGGAGCUCAUAAUUCAGAGUUCCAGACUCUAGAAGACCUAGAAAGGAAAGAAAGGGAGUACUCCGAGCACGUAAUAGAUAAUAUGGAAGCCUUCUGGAAGCAGACUGACAAAGCCCAGCAGGACUUUUUGGACCAAUCAAAAUGCUCAAGUGCCAAAGCAACGAAGAUAAUGAUGGAUCUGACUGAGAAGAUGAUUGCAGUAGAAAGCUUGUUAAGUGAAUCUCAAGACUUGCGGGCGAUGGACAUUCAGGAAAGGUUAUUCAACUGGGAGCUUAUGGUGAAAAUGAUGGAUUCACUGAAGUCCUCUAUACCAGAAGAGUGUAAGGGUAGAUUAAAUACUGUGUCAAAUAUUCUGGACCACUUAACUGUAAAGAAUAAUCUUUCAGUCCGACAAAAGGAAGAACUUCUAACAGAUCUGCACAAGGCCUUCUGGGAGCAGCUGGCAUAUUACAGUAAUGAAUGCAUGCAACAAAGUAAAGACCUGAUCUUGAAACGGCUGGAGCGCCGUGCAAAGAAGAGGGAAGAGUUCAGACAUAGACAGGAAGCUGAACAAGAGUGUCUCCUUAACAAAACUUUUCUUACUGAAGAUGUUCAUAAUUUUCUCAAGGCUUACCAUGAGCUGAUGGAGAAACACUGGCAAGCACAGUGGGAUCUGGAGGAGGAGGAUGACUGUGAGAGCGCAGAGGCUGUCGCCGAUCUUUACAAGGAGCUGUACUCUAAGGCUUCCCAUGCUUUAGCAGAGUUGGUGACGGAGCUGUUUCUUCAGACCCUGCCUGUGGUGACCAGUCUCUCUGUAAGAGAAUGUGAGCUUCUGAAGGAGGAAUGGCAGGAGAGUUUGGUCCCUCAGCUGGAUAAAUGGGAGAACCACCACCAGAGACGCUGGAAGCUUUUCCAGGAACAGCUAUUGCAAGAAAAAGAACUCUGGAUAACGGAGUAUGCUCUGUCUGCUGUGAUGCAAAAGCACCUGUCUGAGAAACAAGAGAAGAUAAUUCAAGGUGUCGUAAGCAGACUAGGAUGCCUCAGCAAUGAGUCUGUUAGCUAUAUAUUGCAAAAGCACCGACUUCUGCUGUGUUCAGUGCUCAGAAGGUUAACCUUCCGAAGAGUUGGAAUGGCAGCCCUGGCGUGCAUGCGACUGUCCAGAAAGAAGAGCUCGCUUCAGGAGCUGAGAGAGCAGCAUACCCUGCAGAAGGGAUCCUCCCUGUGCCAAGAUGAGGACCAGUGGCAGUUACAGAAGGCAGUGGAGUCCCACAUUCGUGAAGAGGAAGAGAAGCUUGAGGAAGAAACACAAGAAACCAAUUUAGAAUUUCACCAGCAGCUAGUCACAGAAAUCCAAGAAGCUCUUCAGUUUCUUCAGCAGCACAUGGAGCAGGUGAUUGGGCAGACACUGCUGCAGUACGCCCGGGGGGAAGCUGAAAGAAGGAGUUCAGAUGAUGGACAGGAGUUCAAGGAGAAACUGGUGGAAUCUGCUGUUGAAAGUGUGUAUGGGACCAGCAAUAAUAUCAGUAGACUGGUGCAAAACUACUACCAGCAAUUAGGAAAAAUCACAGAAGGCUAUGAAGGAAAAAAGCUCCAACAUCUGAAAUCCUUACAAGCAGAAGGAAAUGAAAGGAUGAGACUGAAGAGUAAAGAGAAGGAACUGGCAUUGAAAGAAAAACACACCAAAGGCCUCCUAAAUGUGUCAUCCACGGUCCACCAAAGGGUGGUGCUACAGCAAAACAAGAUUUUGGCUCGGUUUGAACAGCAGCAACAAAUUCGUCUGGAGUCUCUGAAACAGAAGCUGCUGGGAUUGCACCACCUAGGAACUGAGUUGGAGAAUCAGCUAAGGGAAGCAGAGCAGGACUUUGUGAGAGAGUUGGCUGUGCUGACCCGAGUUCCACUGACUCUGAAGAAGAAGCCUUCCAAAAGGAGCAAGCCAGCAGGUGAAAAAGCAAAUUCCAAAAGGCAGACCAUCCAGUCACCUGAACCAGCAGAAAAAGAUGAUUCUCAUGAAUAUAUUCAAGAGCCCCAUGGAAUAACUUCUGGCUUAUGCAGGAAUAAAGGCAAGCGCCGGUCUUUGGCUGAUGUGAGUAGCAGCUCUAACAAUGGUUUUCUUGAUAGAUGUUUCAGUUGGCUUAUGCUGGGGUGCUAACUAGAGAAGAAAUGGCUACAAACCUGAAAGAUGCCAGCUGAUUACUACGGGCAGAUCAAACCAGCCAGCUGGUUGCUGUGGCUUGAUAUAUUGAGCAGAGAAAAUCCUGCUGACAGGCAAAGCAAACAGUUGGCUCUCAGGAGCCACAGGCCUUUGGGGAAAAGUAUUUAUCCCCUGAGUGACCUCAGCCUGGGACUGACUUCAGGAGAUGGCUUCUUUUCCUGAUGGCAUCAACCCUUUUCACGCACUCCUUUCCCACAGCCAACAAGGGAGACGUGUGUAGGGAACAGGGACCCAACAAAGGAACGUUUAUGUUUUUGCAACUUUGUUUUGGCAGCCUCAAUAGAGGCAGCUGAAACCAGUGAGUGCAGAAGUUUAUAUAGCAAGCGCCUUUCUUUUACCAAAAUUAAUUUAGUUUAAGAGGGCAGUAUAGCAUUUUAAACUGUCAGCAAUUUUGUUUUCCUUUUCUUAUUUAUCCUUUCAGAGAGAAGUCACAGAGUUCACAUGAAGGGGAGACUGAACCAAGGAAAAACUCGAAGAUGUUAAAAAAGAAAGGCAGCAGGUAGUAAAAGCCUUUGUCUGAGCUGUCUGAACACAGUGUACCAAGGCAUUCUUCUGGGGAAUCUCAGCAGCUAUAGGUACUUACUGAGCUGCUUUGCUGAGGAACAAUGAAAAAAAUCAAUAAUAACCCAUAAGUCUUUUUUAGCUGCAGACCAAGAAUCAAUCCCAACUUCCCUUAGCUGUUAAUAAAACAUUCCCUCUUGGUUUUGGUAAGGGGGAGCAAGGAAGUCUUUAAUACAAGCUCUUCGAGAUUGCUUGGGUAGUGUGCUGGAGAGACAGUUUAGAUUUGGAAUAAAUCUGAGGAAAGUGCACUUGUAGAACAGAUGUACACUGGGCCCAGGUCAGUGUAUCUCUGUAAGAUUUCAUCACAAUAGUGAUGAACUGUUUACUUUGGAGCCUGAAAUGUGAUACAUUGAAUCUUUAUGAAUGCUACUUCGGCCUAAUAAAAAGAGGUAAAAAUGUAGAGAAUAUGUAAACAGGCUUCAGAUGGUACUGAUACAUCAAAAGAUGACAUUUGGUCUAGCCUUUGUUAUUUUAUGUCUUAUGUAUGCUUUUUUAAAUUUGUAUAAAAAUUUUUAUAUAUGUAUUUGUCUGCCUUUGUUUUAGAAUUCAAAUUGUUACUUUUAGAGAAAACGAGAGAAAACUGAUUUGCUCUUUCACUUUUUAUACUUCAGUUUCUAGUCUUCUUCCUUAAGUGCAUCCUUUUGUUUCCAAUAUACUUUGUUAUGCUCAUUAUGUUUCCUAUGGGAAAUUCAUGUUAUGCAAAGCAGUUGAUUCUUACUGGCUGUACAGAGCACCUGUAUUGUGUAAUAAAUUGUCGCACUUAAGCACUUGCAGCUUUCAUGAAGUGGGAGUAUUCUGCUUUUUUAAAA